AUGGCCACAGCAAAAGAUAUACAAGGCGAUGACGACGCGCAGCUGGCGGCCAUGGGCCAUAAGGCCGAACUGAAACGGAAUUUUUCGAUGCUGUCUAUGCUAGGCCUUGCAUUUGCCAUUCUUAAUUCAUGGACCGCCUUGUCCGCCAGCUUGAAUCUCAGUCUCCCAUCCGGGGGAUGCGUUAGCGUUGUCUGGGGCCUAGUAGCGGCGGGUAUCUGUAACCUCUGCACCGGCGUCUCGCUUGCUGAGUUCCUGUCCGCGUAUCCCACUUUCCUGGAAAAAGUGGAUGCCGAUUCUUUCAUGGAUUACCGGAUGGGCAAAUGUUUCAGGUUGGGGAUCAUUUCGUUGAUGCAUCCGAGUUUCGAACCCCAACGCUGGCAUCAAUUCCUCCUUUAUAUUGCAUACAAUUUAAUUGCAUUCAUCAUCAAUUCGUUUAUGAAUUCCGGCCUUCCACUUCUUACUAAGAGUGCUUUUAUCUGGUCACUGUCUGGAUUUGCUGUCAUCUCCAUAACGUUGCUUGCGUGCGCAUCGCCUAACUACAACUCGGGAGAGUUUGUGUUCACAAAUUUUAUCAACGAGACAGGCUGGCCCGAUGGUGUUGCUUGGCUGUUAGGUCUUCUUCAAGGAGGACUUGGUCUUACCGGAUUCGAUGGUGUUGCACACAUGAUCGAGGAGAUCCCCAAUCCCUCUGUAGCGGGCCCUAAAAUUAUGAUAGCUUGUGUUGGCAUCGGAACUGUGACUGGUCUAAUAUUUUUGAUCGUGUUGCUGUUUGUCGCUGGCGACAUCCAUGCCGUUAUCAAUUCUGCCGCAGGACCUCUCGUGCAAAUUUUCAAGAAUGCCACCGAGAGUAAUGUGGGUGCAGUUUGCCUUCUAAUGUUUCCUCUGAUUUGUAUUCUCUUUGCUGCUACUACUAUCAUGGCGACUAGCAGUCGUAUGAUCUAUGCAUUUGCAAGAGAUGGCGGUCUCCCAGCUUCCCCCUUCUUCAGCAAGGUCCAUCCAACGCUUAAGGUGCCGUUGAAUGCCCUAUAUGUGACGAGUGUUCUAGUUAUUAUUUUUGGGUGUAUCUUCCUUGGCUCCUCCAGUGCCUUCAACGCUAUCGUAUCGUCUUCAGUGGUAAUGCUUGAUAUUGCGUACGGGAUUCCGAUUGCAAUCCACUGUAUGCGUGGCCGGAAUACACUCCCUGAGCGACCAUUUGUUAUUCCCAAUAUUCUUGGCUGGAUUGCCAACAUGAUCUCCUUGGCCUACAUUUCUCUAACUACUAUCCUCUUCCUCUUCCCUCCAACCCUUCCUGUUUCUGGUAGCAACAUGAGUAAGUCUCUUCACUACUGUGUCGCUGCCUUUGGCAUUGUAUUAAUAAUUUCCACAUUCCAGUGGGUUGUCGAUGGCCGGAAAAACUUCAUUGGACCUAGAAUUGAUGUGGAUAUUAUAACAGGAGAGGUGGCUACAGGUGAAUACGGCGAGAACAAUGGUGAAUAUGGUGGACACAAGUACAUGCCAUGGCGUGACCGUAUGAUCUUUGAUCUUCCGUCUGUCAAGAUUCACGGGAUUGAUACCGCGCAUGAGAAGCCAGCCCGAGCUCUAAAGCAUUUGCUCAAACUGAACCAUGCGAAUCAUGCUAUAUUAUUCAAUGAACGGAAAUUUCAUAACCAUGUACCCCAUAUUCUAAGUUCGGCCUUCCUACAGGGAGCGGACGCAGAUGAUCUAACCCGGGUCUAUGAGUCGGAAUCCAAGAUAUUAGACCCUUGGGUUGAUUCUCCUAGUGAGAUUUGUACUUAUGAUUGGAGAGAUUACUUGGGACGUAGAGAAUACCAGCGAGCCUAUGUUGAUUUCUUCGAGGAUGAGCUUGUCCGCUACAGCUAUGAUUGGAAAAAAGUUGUCUUUGAAUACCUCUUGUCGGGCAAGGAACCUUUGUUCAAUUCCCUUGUUGCUGAUCUUGGACACCCUUUGAUUCAUCUUGCCUAUGCCUUUGAAAUGUCCAGCCGUGAAGUCGGCCUAGAAGCGCUUGCUAUGACAGCUACCUGCUACGGAACCAUCCAUAAAUAUUUCGAUGAUCCCACCUAUUCACAGGUCGAGUCAUCCUAUAAAUCGGCCUCCGUCAUGGAAAUCCUCAAUAAGGUCCGAAAGGACCCCCGAUUCAAGGGUCUCUUCGGACACCCAGGAGACCAUAACUUGGAGACCAUCUUCCGCGACCACGAGGCCGCACUUCUAAACCACUGGAAUGCAUGGAAGAUUGAAGAUCCCAUGUCUCAAUUUCGCGAGAGCCAAGAGCUUGCCGCGGCCGUUUUGACUGCCACUCGUACAGACGUGAACAAGAAACAUGAUUUCUUCCUUGUGCAUAUCCUGACAACCAGCCAUGCCGUCCGUAUCCUUCUACCCUUAAUCCCCGGCCGAUAUCAACUCCCCCUAGUCAGACAAUGGUGGCUGAUAACUCUGGCCGUCUACAUUGCCCAGCUAAGACCGGAAAUUCACCUCGAUAGUAUCCGUGACUACGAACUAGCCGGACGGGAUUGGAAUUGGACGGCAAAUAAGGCAGUUAAGGGCAGUUAUUCUACUGACCCGCACUAUGUCAAGGCCAUCCGUGCUUUCAAGGAAGCAGCCCUAACUUGGGGCGAUGCUGAUUCUUACUUUUUGAAGGCGGCGGUCAAGUUCGCCGAGGAAUUUAACGGUUGGGGAGGGUUUAUCUAA